UUGGCUGGUUCAGCAAACUCAGUGAGCAAUUAGCCAGGUCAAACACGCGACUUUCCAGGACUUUCUCGAGUUUCUGCUGCACCUUUCAAGGCUGAUGCUGCUAUCUUCUUACCCUUGCAACUUUCUGAUGCAACUUCAUUAACUUGCUCGCACGUAUCAGCGCCAGGCCUAAUGACUAGGGCCCGGGGCCGAAGCCAGCGUUUUCGGCGUUGCACAUGAUUCUUGAGAAUGGUUAAAGUGGUUCAUAUGAGCUUGGAAAGCUCAGCGUAAGAUAGCAGAGCCUCCGGUCAAAAGCUGUCGCAGAGGCAAAUGAUUCAGCCCGGAAAGCUUGCUCCGGCUCCGGAGACGGGUGACCAUGAUUUCGAUUAUAUGUUUGCUGAGGGCGUAAAGCCGCGAGGAGACCUGCUGAGGUCCUUCGAGCAGCUGCGGAGUCGCCGGACCGUGCCGCGGGGUCUGUAUGGCGAUACACGGGUAUCGGCAUUCGGACCGCCUCCGCCGGGUGCGCCGGACGUCUUUCGGCAGCCGCCGCGACGCAAGUGGCAUGUUGCGGGCGCAUCGGCGGAGAUGCCAUUGGCAUCGGCCGCGCCAGCGAGCGCGUGGGCCGCACCUGCGGAAGCCCCGCCCCAGCAUGCAGCGUACUCUCACCAACAGCUACAGCCGCAGCCCAUGACCACCGCCCAGCAUAGACCGCAGCUGCUCACCGCCGCUGGGCCCCCGCAAAGCGCGGGUGCAUCGCCUGCGCCACUCAAUAAUGUGGGCAUCGGCCACGGCGUGCGAGUACCGAUGGCACCAGGCGCAGCACAACCGGGACCGUCGCCCAUGGCGCCCCCGCCUGCGCGCACGGGCGCCGCGCGCUCCGGCAAGCGUGCAGUUAACCACGCAGGGCCCAGGAGCAAGCUGGCACCCUCCGAGGCGAACAUUGAGCGAGCACGGCGCAUUGCUGCCGCCGCCGCUGCAGCCGCGGCGCGCGCCGCAAAGUUGGCGGCGGUGCAGCAGCACGCAGCUGCAGCAGUGUCAGCAGCGGUCUCACGUGGGCGUGGGCGGUCGGCUUCAGCCGGCGGCACAGGUCCAGCUGGCGAUCAACACGGCGCCGAGGCGGCAGCUGGCGCCAGUAGCCACGCGGGGCCGGCCGCAGGGCGCGGCAGAGUUGCAGGUCCUGUCGUGGGCAGGCCUGGCAGCCCGCCACCUCAGCACUACCCGCAAGGGGUGCGCGCCAGGCCCAGCGCCUCGCCUGGGCGCGGGAUACCGCCUGCGCCUGCGGUCUCGCCGCCGCGUCAGCAUGGCGCAGCGUCCAGUCCCGGCCGCAGCCGCAUCCCGUCGCCGCCGCCAGGCUACCAGCUGAAUGAUCACCGGCACGCCUCUCCACACCGCUCUCCUCACCGGCCGCCGCAUCAGGAGAGCCCCACGCGCUCCAGCCGCUCGCGCUCACCUGGCAGCCCAUACCUGCAGCAGCCGCCCCAGCCCCACCUUCACCACCACCAUGGGCAGCAGCAGCACCGAGACCACCACAACCACAGUGAGCGGCACCAGCACCAGCAACACCAGUACGACCAGCACCAGCACAUGCAGGAGCGGGCCCGGGCACCGGUGUCCUACAGCUCCCUCGACACUGUGUCGCAUGAGCGGGACCACCGGCGCCCCUCGCCACCGCGCGGCUACCUGGGCGGCCGGUCGCCGCCGCGUGCUGCGCCCGCUGACUCUACCUCCACGGCCUACGACGCCACGUCCUACUCAUCCAUCACUGGGCCGCCCUCCUCCACGGGCUCGCCGCCAGUACCGCUCCAAGAUGCUGGCUACGCACGGCGGCAGCGACUUCAGGCCCUCAAGGACCGGCGGUCGCGGGGUGCAGGCGCGGUACUGCCCGGCGUCCUGCCGGCUGAGGCUUCUGAUCUGGUGAACAUGGUGGGCUACGCGGAUCAGGCGGCCGCGGCAGACCCUGCAUGGGUCCGGUCCGCGUCGCCAUCCCCCAUGAAACGGAAGGCGGCGGCAUCGCCCCCCAAUCAGCGCCGUGGCGCAUCCCCGCAGCCGCGGAGGUCGCCCGGGCAUGCCCGCAGCCCUCCUGCGCGUGACGAGCAAGGGGAGGCCUGGCCGCGGCCGGGACCACGGUCACCGGAGAAGGGCACACAGACUGAAGAGGCAUGGCCUGUUGGCGGAAGAGGCGCGCAUCAAGGCGGCGAGGAUGACACGCGAGAUCCCACUGACCAAGGGGCAGCGGAGGGUGCUGACACCAGGCGCAUGCGCAUGGCGGAUAUGGUUCGGCGUUUCCGUGAGUGGGACCCUGAGGUGGAGUCGCGCCGGGACGCGGCCACUGAGGGUGAGGCAACGCUGGCGCGCGGUCUGGGCAACGCACAAGCGCCGCAAGCUGCUCACAGCGACACCGCAGGCACGAGCAGCCUCAAUGAUGAGGUGGGUGUUGCCGGGCCCUACUGCACUGGUCGCGCGAUCCUUCCCUCACUGCCAAGCCCUGGCCUGUACCAGCCUGGUUUCACACCCGAGGGGAUGUUCUACAUGCAGGGCCGUGGCAGGAGCGCACCGGCAGAAGAGGGCGGCGUGGAAUCACUGGCGGCUGCGGUACUGCAGCGCAGCCGCAACCUCUUGAAGGAGCGGGACGUUAUCCAGCAGCGCAUCCAGGCGGCGCUGGCCAAGUACAGCAGCGUCACAGGCGGCAGCGGCGCUGGCGCUGGCACCAGCAGCAGCGGAGCCAACGCUCCAGGUACCGGGCGCCGCCAAAGCCCGUCACCAGAGAAGCCGGCGGUGGUUCGGGAGCCUGGGGCAAUGGCUGCAGGACUGGACAGGUUUGGGGCUCGGCUUGGUGCGGAGGUUCGAUUGGCUGGCCAGCUGGAAGGAGAGCGGCCAGCAAUUGCCUCUCCUCGUGGGGCGGAGCGGACGCCACCGCCUGCGCGUGCCAGUGGCGGCGGCGAUGGCCCCGCUGGCUAUGGCUCCCAGGAGCGUCCCAAGUCAUCAGGCAUCAGCGUGCGACAAGCACCCUGGCGUGAGCGACUGAGGGCGCUCUUGGCGCAGGCUGGCGUGGAGCCCGGCCCCGCCACCAGCCCUGGGCCUGCUGUUGCAGCAGUUGCUACAGGGGCUGGCACCGCUGGCGCCAAUGCCGCAACUGGCUCACCGAGCCUUCUGCGCCAGGCGGAUGCUGGAGCUCCAGAGGACCCGCUGGAGGCGUGGAGGAAGCGCAGGCAGCGUCAGCAACAGCAGCCAGAGAACGCGGAGCCUGCUGGCAGCGGCGAAGUUGGCGCGCACCUGCCGGGGCUGUCUGGCGCACGCGGCGCCCUGGCAGACUGGCUGGCGCAGGUGUCCGGCUCCGCGCCACCUCGCAUCAUCGAAGGCAAGGCACCGUCGAGCUUCCCGCGCAGCUCAGCCCAAUUCGAUGGCGCCAAGCCUGCAUCAUCUGCAGCACCUGCAGCAGCACCAGCCGCGCCCCGAGCGAGCGCCGUGCCGGCGGCAUCAGCAGCUCCUGACGCACAGGCCGGCGACGUGCCCUCCGUCGACGACCUACUGGCCCGCUUGGCGCAGCGCUUCGGCCUUGCUCCAGGCUCGCUCCCCGGGGCCCGCUCAGGAGCCACAGAAGUCGGCCCAGCAAGGCUGUCCGACUUCCAGUCGCUAGCUGCUGUCAGUCAGGGCUCAGGCGCUGAGCUGGCGGCUGCCAGCGCUGGCGGGUCGAGCUUCUCGGACAGGCCGGUGCCGCAGCGUGAAACCUCUCUCGGGCAGUCGGCGUCACCGCCGCCGCGGGCCAACCGCCCGCCUGGAUCAGAGCACAGCCAUUCCUCCGUUGCGCAUGAGCACUCGUCAGCCGGCGGCAAGGCUCCCUUGGCAACGGCCGCGCGCCAGGCCUCACAGGCCUCCCUGAGCAGCAGCUACGAGCUCAGCGAUGGCGUCUUGGGCUCGCCACAGUCGCCGCAGUCCCUUGAUGGCCAACAUGCUGGUCAGCACCAUGCGGCGGAGCCGCAGAGCCAGACGCAGCCGCAGGCUGCUGCAGCGGGCGCACAGGCAUCCUCUUUCGCGCCAGCAGCUGAGCGUGAGCCGUCGUCGCGGGAGCUGGCGCAGGAGGCGGAGGGGGAGUCUGUGGGAGAGGCGGAGGGUGAGCUGGUGGAACAGGCGGACGGAGAGCCGGUGGAGGAGGUGGUAGUAGAGGACUAUGAGGUGGAUUUCGAGUCUGAACAUUCGGACCAGUCAGCGGCAAGUCAAGGGCUGGAGGGCAGUGGCGGGCGACAGGAGGCGGCGGGCGCCGAGGACGACGACGGCGUGCGGAUGGGCCUCAGCGGCGUGCUGGAGCUGCAGCUGUCUGGAGGCAGUGUCAGCAUGCGGUCCUCAGGCGGCGCCGCGGCUGAGCUGCAGCAGGAGCAGAGCCUGGGUACAGGCAGCAGCGGCGGGGACGUCAGUGGUGACGUCAGCUAUGGCGGGAGCUCCGCGCACGGUCCUGCUGCGCCGCAGCCCGGCAUGCAGGGAGGCGAUGGUGAGCUCUUGCACAGCGCGGGAUCAGCAGCAGCACCGCAGCAGCUGGAGCGCCUGCCGUCCAGCAGGGGCUCGUUCAGGACUUGCGACAACGCGACCCCACAACAGCCCGGCCAGGCCUCAGUCACUGAGGCGCCAGCCCAGCAGCCCUCAACGGAGUAUGUCGCGUUCUCCAGAGAGAACAGCGACCAGGCAGCUUCUGAGCAGGUCGUCGAGGAGGAGGUGGAUUACCGCCUGGACGACUCCAAUGACCAGCUCAACAUGACGCUGGCCCCAGGAAGAGGUCUCGGACUGGGGCGUGGGCUGGGCUUGGGAGGUGCUGCCGCUGGCGGCGCGUGGCCCGACUGGCUGUCCGCACUGGGCAUUCCGCGCCCGGUGGACUUGGCCGCGCUGCCGGCCGAGUUCCGUGGCAGCAGCGAAAGUGGGGGCAGCGGCGGCGCGCGCAGCAGCGGUGGCAGUGGGGGUGGCGGAGCUGGCGGUAACGCUGAGGCCGGAACCGGCGUCGGAGGCGCGGGCGGUCAUGACGAUGCGGGUGCUGAUAUGCACGCCCAGGCGUUCACUGCGACGGAGCCCAGCGGCGACGCGGCCGCAGGCGAGAGUGCUUGGUCACGGCGCUCGGCAGCGGCUACGAGAACCUCUGGCGGCGGUGUCGACGUAGCAAGUGGCGGCUCUGCGCUGCGGCCUGAUCUUAUCGGCGGGGCCCUGUUCAGUGGUAAUCCUGAUGUGGGCAGCUCGGCGGACCUUGCAGUCGCAGGCACAGCUGCUGGCGCGCGGCGCCGCUGGGCGGUGCCGGACCGCGCCGCUGCUGCGUCCAGCUCGUACCCCGCGCCGGGUGCUGCAGUGGACCCGCUGACUGCCAGCGCCUUUGGCUCCUUACUUGACCAGGCCGUUGCAGGCAGCCUGUUUGCUGACACGCCCUCACCGGCGCGCAUCGCAAGCGGCGCCGGCGUGGGCGGCACCCGCGCCCACACCGCCAUCAGCCCCGCAUCUGCCACUGAUGGGGCUACGGUGGCGGCGGCGGCGUCAGCCUGGUCGCCGGAAGCGCCGCAGUACAGCGGCGGUGGUGGAUAUGGUGUUGGGCACGUGGAUUCGUCACUGGAGUCGGUGGGUUCAGGAGUGCCGUGGGCGCUGACGUCAGUGGAGCUGCCCUUCUCGGAUCUCAGCCCCUUGCGGGGGCAAGGCCGCGGAGGCGGAGGAGCCCAUCGAGGCGCCAGACUGCGCGGCUCCGGCGAGCUGACCAGCAGCCUGGCGUCCUCGGGCGGCGGCCGGCUCACCGCUAUCCUGCAGCACACGGUCACCGCGGCGCUGUUCGGGGACAGCCCUUCUGCCUCCAUGGAUGGGCUAGAGGGGCUGGGCUCAGCAAGAAGCCAUGGAAGCCAGGCGACCGCUGACUCACCGGCACGGCGUGUCGGCGUCAGCAGUGGCGGUGGCGGCGUGGCGCCGCACCCGGCACGUACGCCCUCGCCACUGCGCAACACGGGCGCCAGCCCGUCCGAGGGCGGUGCAUCUCCGGCAGCUGAAUGGCCCCGCCAGCAGCAGCUCCAGCAGCAGCAACAGGGGCACCAGGCGCACAUGCAGGUGGAUGACAGCUCUUCGCUGACUGAGCGGGUGACGCGGUUUGGCCGGCGGCGGACGACCAGCGACGGCGGUGCACAAAGUCCACCACUGACCGCGACCCGCAUUCAAGCCACAGGCGAGGCUGCAUCCAGCAACGGCGCGCAUGACACCGGGCGCGAGAACGAGAGGGCCACCACUGACAGUGGUGCCGCAAGUGCGCGCAGGCCUGAUGCAGACGUUGAUGCGCCAGAUGCUGACCAGCAGCAUAGCGAGGGCGAGCUACAGCCAGCUACGCAGACGCCAGCCGUACUGAGUGAGGAUGCCGAAGCUGGCUCUGCGCACCAAGGGCCGGAGCUUGAUGAGGACGGUCAAGCGGAGAUGGAGGACGACGAGGAGGAGGAAGCUGAGGAAGUUUACGAAGAGGUCUACGAGGAGGACUUUGCCGAACCCAGCCCGCCGUCAUCAGAGGGGUCAGCUGCGUCAGCUGCCUUGGCAGCGCUACGGCCGCCCGGCACAGGGCUCAGCGCCCUAGGCAGCGCCGGGUCUCUCUCGGGUCGUCAGUCUGCCGGCCAGCGAGAAGUGGGGCGGCCGCCCUCGCCAUCACACCGUCAUCACACCGGAUCGACUCCCACCAGCACGGUACAGCGCCAUGACCCUGGCACUGAUCAAGGGCCCGGAUCGCCGUUCGCUGCCGUCGGCAGCACCAGCGGCGGCGCGGCGUCCCGCUACGCCGCCGCCUUCAACACGGCUGACCUGUCCGGAGACGUGCUGUUGGGGCUGUCCGGCCUCGGCGGCGGCGCCACCGACACCGGCUCCCGCGGCGACGCGAGCACCGGCGAUGCCUCAUACGCCUCCUCCGCUGCGGCCGGCACGGACGCGGAUGGCUCGGAGCGCGACGGCAGCCGCCCCGCGGCCGCCGGCGCACGCGGCUCAUCCCGGCUGGGCCGCCAGCAUCCCCACCGUCCUAGCGGUGCCGGCGGCGGCCCCGGCGGCGGUCGCCGUGAGCUGCAGCGCCAGGACAGCGACACGGACCCCAACAUGAACAGCCGCAUGAUGGACAGUGGCCUGCCCGAGGCGCUGUUGGACCUGCUGGCCACAGGGUCUGGCGGGGUGCUGCUGGCCGGCGCCGGUAGUGGCAGCGGCGGCGGCACCGGCUCGGGGCGUGCCAGCGGUCAACGCCGCGGAGAGGGAACCCUUGGCGGCGCGGCGUCUGCGGCAGCCGUGUUGGCAGCGGGUGGGGCUCCGGAGGAUGGUGCUGAUGCAGGGGAUAGUGGCAGCCUGGAGCGGGUUGGAGAGCUGGUCGUUCGCACAUCGCCACCCAGCUCCGGCUCGCAGUCCGAGGUGUCUGGUGAAGCAGACGAGGGGCCGCCGCCGCCGGUGUGCAGGCGCCCGCGUGGGAGCCAGGGCUCGCGGCGGACCCCCGGCAGCAGCGAGGAUGGCGGCGGAGGGGACCACGGCAGCAGCCAAGGCCAGGGUGCCGGCUACAAUGACUCCUACGGGGAACAGGAGGUGGAGGAGGACGACAUGGGCACAGGCGGGCUGCCCAGCGUGGGCUUCGGCAUCGCGCUUGACGAGGCGGGUGUGCCGUAUGUCGUGCCGCUGCCGUAUAGCUUAGACCUGGAGGACGUGUUGCUGCGCAGCUCGUCGCCGCAGCCGCCACCCGGCGCCGCCGCGGCUGCGGCCGCUGCGUCCUCUUCGGACCCGUUGUUUCGCUCCCCCGCGGCCAUGGCGGCGGCUGCCGCGGCCGUCCUGAGCGGCAGCAGUGGCAGCAUCCCUGUGGCUGCCAUGUCCGGCGGGGGAGGCCGAGGCGGCAGUGGCGAGGGUCUGGUGUUUGUGAUGGAGGACCCAUUGGAGGCGCUGCUGUUCGGCAACAGCGCCGCCAGCAGUGGCGGCUACAGCGGCUUGCUGGGGCGCCGCACGCCGGCGGUGACUAUCACCGAAAUCAACACCAGCUCGGACGACAGCGGUGAUGGUGGUGGUGAUGGUGAUGGCGACGAUGGCUUGAGCAGCAAGGGCAACGGGGAUGGCGCAGCACACACAGCUCAACCUGAGGCCUCCGGCAGCCAACCGGCCUCUGCCCCUUCACCGGCCUCCAGCGGCGAGGUCUCAGAAGAGCGCAGCGCCACAGCCGGCGGUGGAGCAUACGUUGGUGCCGGCACAGCGGCUCCAGGUGCCGCUCCCGCGGCGUCGAACCCGUCCUUCCGCCGCUGGACCGCCGACCGCCACCCUGCUGCUACCGCUGCUGCUGCUGCUUUUCCGGGCACAGCCGCCCCCGACUCCAGCGUGACCCUGGCGCCACACCAUGCAUCCACCGUUGCGGCAGCCGGUGGGGAAACCGGCUCUGCUGUAGCCGGCGCGCAGCCUACCGCGCCUGCUAGCUCCACCACGGGUUCAAUUUUUGCGCCCAGGGCUGAGGUGCACGUCGCAGAUGCCGGUGCCGGCCAGGGCGCAGGUCCCUCGCCCCUGGGACUGCAGGCGGGCAGGCUGCCAGCACUCAAGGGACGGCUGCCACCUAUUAGCCCUGCUGACAGCGCCGGGCUAGGCAGCACCUCCAUUCCUAGCGUCGAUGGGGCUGGGUUAAGCAUUGCGACGUCAAUGCACCAUGCACCCGCGUCAGCAGCAGACAUGGUGGCGCGCCGCUCGUCCUCUGCGCCCGCGCCUUCGCCAACAGCGGCCGCUGAGUCUGAAGCCGCCGAGGUCGAGGCCUCGGGGUCUCGAGCGCCCACCCGGCGGACGCUUUUCUCAGAGGGGGAGGCACGGGCCGCGCCUAGCGCAGCGGCCCAGUCUGAAACCCCAGCUCGACCAGCAGCGCCCACAGGCCCGACCCCAAUGGCAGCAUUUGCCGGGGCUGCUGCCACCGAUCCUGCUGCUGCUGCUGUCGUGACCCAGCCCACUGCUGCCCGGGCCUCCGCGCCGCUGGUAUAUACUGCGGCACCAGCGCCGCGCCAGGUGACACCGGCAGGCGCUGCAGCCCAGCCGCUUGCGGAUGCGCCUGCGGUGGCUGCGGCGGCAACUGGCGCGCAUCCUGCUGCCAACACCUCGCCCCUGCCGGGAUCCAGUGCCCCACCUAUGAGCACAUGGACGGGCCAUGGCGCGGCAGCCGCGGCGGCGCUGCCGGACAACUCCACACGGCCGCAGCCGCACCUUCCGGCAACGGAGCAGGCGGCCGCCUCCCGCCCUGCUCGGUAUGUCCCCGCGCCGGUGUACCCCGCCUCUUUCGCCAUGCCCGCAACAGCUACCUCGUUAGCCGCGCCCCUACCCGGGCUAGCACCUACUGUACCCGCAGCUUCAGGAACUGGCAUGCCAGGCUUGCACCAGCAUCCAGCCAGCGCAGCCCAGGUGCCUUCCUCGUGGGCCCACAUGCCUUACACUGCCGCUGCCGCCGCUGGGGCUCACCACGCCCCGCGUGCUAGCGCUGGCGUGUCAGAGGGCCUCAUGGUACGGCCCCUGGCGACAAGCGGCGGCAGCAGCGAUGGCCUCAGCAGAGGACUGUACGGGGCCGGUGCUGGCACCUACGGAAGCGGUACGAGCCGCGCCGCUGGUGGGGCUGUGGUCCUGCAGGAGGAGGCCGGGGACGACGUGAUCGUGGCGAUGCUGAAGCGCAAGAUGGACGCGUGCAUGGACAAGCUCAGGUCAUUAGAGCGGAACCUGAAGAGCCCCCCUCCUCGCGUGUAACGUGGCGGCUGCGGGAUGCCAGUACGACUUUAACCAAAGUGGUGUUGAAUUUGCAUGAAUUAUAACGGUAGCCGUUGGGAGGAUGUAGUCUGGCUCAGUCUGUUUGUGUUUCACUUGUUGGGAAUCACUCUGGAUAUCAUAUCAACGUACGGGCUACUGCUCCUUGAGCAUUGCCUUUAAAGCUGGUACCGUAAUGGAUUGAUGACAUGCGUUGCUGCCUGGUGGUCGCACUGGUAUAGGUGGGUUUGCAUGGGGUGUGGGCGCCAUGACAGCAAAGCUUUUGUAAACGG